AUGCUGCUGCCGCUCUUGCCUUCCCACUUAGGCGUGUACAGGAAGGGUGGCCACUUUGUAAAGCUUCGUCAUUUUCCGCUGGCUUACGUCCUUGCGGCCUUGAAUGCUUUAGCGGAGAUCGGUGAAUCAUUUGACGCGACAAAGAUGACGCCGAAGGAGCUGGUAGAGCGAAUCUCCAAGCUCGGAGUUAAUUACGAAGAGGCGCAUGCAAAGGACAUGGCGCGGCUAGAGAACAGCAACUUCUUCCUGGCCAACUUUGAUCCAGCAGACUUCUCCUAUGGCAUUGCCAGCGGUGCUGUGGUGCACAAAUCGACUGGUGCCAAACUGGAUGGAGGGGAAGGUGUGCCAUCUGCGAAGGAUCUGGAUGGGGCAGACAAAGCGGCUCUGCAGGGAUACGGGCGGCCCUACGUGGAUGGCAAGCCAGGUGGCGUGUACUAUCGCUAUCCACGCUCUCCACAGCCGUUGCCGCUGUUGGGAAGUUCGGUGGCAUGCUGCAGCUCUCUCCCUGCCAGCGGAUGUACGUCAGCAUGA